UCACUUGGUUAGAGACGCAUAGAUACAUUUCUUGAUCUAUCUGUCUCCUUCUCUAUUACGCCUCCACAUUUUCAACUAGCCAUUCUCUCUCUAAAAACCAACCCACAUCUCACUCAUUCCAUUGCCUCAAGAUUGAGACCAGCCAGGAUACAGAGAGGAGCUAGACUUGGCUGGCAAAGCUAUUGAAAACAAUAUUAAAGCAACAGCAACCCAGCACCACUUUUUUCAUCCUUUUUUUUUUCGUAGUCGUUUAGGGAAAUUUUUAUAUUUAUAAAAGAAGCAGCUCUGUUUAUCAGUUGAUGUUUUCUCCAUUUCUGGGUUUUGAGAUUGGGAUGCAAAGGUGGAGUCUUUUUGGCGAGCUGACCCAGCGGAGGGCUCAGUUCUGAGUUGGGUUUUCUCGAUCUGAGAAGAGUGCUGGGUUUGUUUUGAUUUGGAGAGUUAGCUGAGCCAGUCAUGAAUACUGGGGGUCGACUUAUUGCUGGGUCUCACAAUAGGAAUGAGUUUGUACUCAUAAAUGCUGAUGAGAAUGGAAGAAUAAAGUCUGUGCAGGAGUUGAGCGGGCAAGUGUGUCAGAUAUGUGGGGAUGAGAUUGAGAUCACUGUGGAUGGAGAGCCAUUUGUUGCCUGCAAUGAAUGUGCUUUCCCAGUGUGCAGGCCUUGCUAUGAGUAUGAGAGAAGGGAGGGAAAUCAAGCCUGUCCUCAGUGCAAAACCAGAUACAAGCGCAUCAAGGGUAGUCCUAGGGUUGAUGGUGAUGAGGAAGAAGAUGACAUUGAUGACUUGGAGCAUGAGUUUGAUUAUGGGAACUUUGAUGGCUUGGGUCCAGAACAAGUUGCAGAAGCAAUGCUCUCUUCACGACUUAAUACUGGGCAUGCUUCUCAUUCUAAUGUAUCUGGAAUUCCCACACACUCAGAACUUGAUUCUUCUCCCCUUAGCUCUAAAAUUCCUCUUUUGACGUAUGGCGAGGAGGAUGCUGAAAUUUCUUCUGAUCGACAUGCUCUUAUUGUUCCCCCAUAUAUGGGCCAUGGAAACAGAGUUCACCCAAUGCCUUAUUCUGAUCCGUCUAUUCCCUUGCAACCUAGACCUAUGGUUCCUAAGAAAGACAUUGCUGUAUAUGGGUAUGGGAGUGUGGCCUGGAAAGAUAGAAUGGAAGACUGGAAGAAAAGGCAGAGUGACAAACUUCAGGUGGUCAAGCAUGGAGGUGGAAAUGAUGGUGGAAACUUUGAUGGAGAUGAAUUGGAUGAUCCUGAUUUGCCCAUGAUGGAUGAGGGCAGACAGCCACUUUCAAGGAAGUUACCCAUACCAUCUAGCAAGAUAAGCCCAUACAGAUUGAUAAUAAUUCUCCGUCUCGUAAUUGUGGGCUUGUUUUUUCACUAUAGAAUUCUCCACCCAGUCAAUGAUGCCUAUGGUUUGUGGUUGACAUCGGUAAUAUGUGAAAUAUGGUUUGCAGCAUCAUGGAUUCUUGAUCAGUUUCCAAAAUGGUAUCCUAUAGAACGAGAAACAUACCUUGAUCGUCUGUCACUAAGGUAUGAAAAAGAAGGAAAACCAUCUGAGUUGGCUAGUGUAGAUAUUUUCGUAAGUACCGUUGAUCCAAUGAAAGAGCCUCCACUGAUCACUGCAAACACUGUUCUCUCGAUUCUUGCGGUUGAUUAUCCUGUGGAUAAGGUGGCAUGCUAUGUAUCGGAUGAUGGAGCUGCCAUGCUUACAUUUGAGGCACUUUCAGAGACGUCAGAAUUUGCCAGGAAAUGGGUUCCUUUCUGUAAGAAAUUUAAUAUUGAGCCCCGAGCCCCUGAGUGGUAUUUUUCCCAGAAGAUUGACUAUUUAAAAAAUAAAGUCCACCCAUCUUUUGUGAGGGAACGGCGUGCUAUGAAGAGGGAAUAUGAAGAAUUCAAAGUUCGGAUAAAUGGAUUGGUUGCAACAGCUCAAAAAGUCCCUGAAGAUGGUUGGACAAUGCAGGAUGGUACUGCAUGGCCUGGAAACAAUGUACGAGAUCAUCCUGGCAUGAUUCAGGUCUUCCUUGGCCAUAGUGGUGUCCGUGAUGUGGAAGGGAAUGAGUUACCUCGUUUGGUUUAUGUUUCUCGUGAGAAGAGACCAGGGUUUGAACACCAUAAAAAGGCUGGGGCUAUGAAUGCUCUCGUUCGGGUGUCUGCAGUUCUAUCAAAUGCUCCUUAUCUUUUGAAUGUUGAUUGCGAUCAUUAUAUUAACAAUAGCAAAGCUCUUAGGGAAGCUAUGUGUUUCAUGAUGGAUCCAACAUCAGGGAAGAAAGUUUGCUAUGUGCAAUUUCCUCAAAGAUUUGACGGUAUUGAUCGUCAUGAUAGAUACUCAAAUCGGAAUGUUGUAUUCUUCGAUAUCAAUAUGAAAGGAUUAGAUGGUUUGCAAGGUCCCAUAUACGUUGGAACAGGGUGUGUUUUCAGAAGGCAAGCACUUUAUGGUUACGAUGCACCUGUCAAGAAGAAGCCCCCUGGCAAGACCUGCAACUGUUGGCCAAAAUGGUGCUGCGUUUGCUGUGGAUCUAGGAAGAACAAGAAAUCAAAGCCAAAGAAAGAGAAGAAAAAGAAGUCAAAGAACAGGGAAGCAUCAAAGCAGAUACAUGCCCUUGAAAAUAUUGAAGAAGGAAUUGAAGAUCCAAAUAUUGAAAAGUCUUCAGAAACAUCCCAAGUGAAAUUGGAGAAAAAGUUUGGACAGUCUCCGGUAUUUGUGGCUUCCACUAUUUUGGAGAAUGGCGGAGUUCCUCACGAUGCCAGUCCUGCAUCAUUGUUAAGAGAAGCCAUCCAAGUUAUCAGCUGUGGUUAUGAAGAUAAAACAGAAUGGGGAAAGGAAAUUGGCUGGAUAUAUGGCUCUGUGACUGAGGAUAUCCUGACAGGAUUCAAAAUGCACAGCCAUGGAUGGCGAUCUGUGUAUUGCAUACCUAAGCGGCCUGCAUUUAAGGGGUCAGCUCCUAUUAAUCUGUCGGAUCGUCUGCACCAGGUUCUUCGGUGGGCCCUUGGCUCUGUUGAAAUUUUCUUCAGUAGACAUUGUCCAAUCUGGUAUGGCUAUGGGGGUGGAUUGAAAUGGCUGGAACGAUUUUCCUACAUAAAUUCAGUUGUAUAUCCUUUGACAUCCAUCCCCUUGCUUGUUUAUUGUACACUACCGGCUAUCUGCCUUCUGACUGGGAAAUUCAUUGUUCCUGAGAUUAGCAACUAUGCCGGUAUCAUAUUCAUUGCACUCUUCAUAUCUAUAGCUGCAACCGGUAUCCUUGAGAUGCAAUGGGGUGGUGUCGGGAUAGAUGACUGGUGGAGAAAUGAGCAGUUCUGGGUAAUUGGAGGUGUUUCAUCACAUCUCUUUGCUUUGUUCCAGGGUUUGCUCAAGGUGUUGGCUGGUGUCAACACAAACUUUACUGUUACUUCUAAAGGAGGUGAUGAUGGGGAUUUUUCAGAGCUUUACCUCUUCAAAUGGACAUCAUUGUUAAUCCCUCCCACAACUUUGUUAAUCAUAAACAUUGUUGGAGUUGUGGUUGGGAUCUCAGAUGCUAUCAACAAUGGCUACGAUUCAUGGGGUCCUCUGUUCGGCAGGCUAUUUUUUGCCUUAUGGGUCAUUAUCCAUCUCUACCCCUUCCUCAAGGGUCUGCUUGGGAAACAAGAUCGUAUGCCCACCAUUAUUUUGGUAUGGUCAAUUCUGUUGGCUUCAAUCUUAACUCUUUUGUGGGUCCGAAUAAACCCAUUCGUGUCGAGAGACGGUCCUGUGUUGGAACUUUGUGGGUUGAAUUGUGACUAGGAUGAUGAAUAAAAGCCUGAAAAGUAGGUGUUUUCAGUGGAGAGAUAGGAAAAUGGUUCUGGAGUCGCCCCCGGGAAGUCAUCGGAUAAGCUGGGUGUGACAAAUGUGCAAUGUUUUAUUGUUAUGACCAAUUAAGAUGAAAUUUUUGUGGGAAGAAAGAAAGUUGUAAUUUGGGGGUGUAGAUACUGUGGGUUGGGGAUGACACAUUAUUUUUUUACAGGUUUUUUUUUAUUAAUUCUUUUAUUAAAUUGCUGUCUUUUCUGUUCAUGUGAGUUUUAUGUAUUUCUAAGAGAGCAUGGAAUCAUAAAUUAUUCCCUUGUCAAUGUGGGGAUUAAUGUUAAGUGUCUGAGACAACUUUUCACGUUCUUCUGUUGGUUAUUCAUGUGGACAUCUAUGUAACCUUAUUUGGAGCUGCAAUUUUUAUCUCCUCUCUUAGGAAUAAUAUGCCUCUUCUUUGUUUC